AUGUUCUCUCUUUUAUCGGUUUCUUGUCUCUUGAAUUCAUCAAUUGCUUUGUUGUUUGCCUUCAAGAGGAAGAAAGAUACAGAUGAAGAAAGACAAAGCAAUGCAAGUGAUGAAAUAUUUUUCUCUGUAACUCCCUUUAAUGGAAGAAUAUUGUAUAAAGAGAUCAUUAGAGCCACCAAAGAUUUUGAUGCUCAAUAUUGCAUUGGGAAGGGAGGAUAUGAAAACGUAUACAAAGCAGAGCUGUCAUCAGGAGAUGUUGUAGCUGUGAAGAAAUUCCAUCCGUUGCAUCCAGGUGAAAUGGCAGAUCAAAGACAGUUCCUAAAUGAGGUAAGGGCAUUAAUAGAAACAAGACACAGAAAUAUCGUGAAGUUCUACGGUUUUUGUUCCUCUGCAGGUCAUUCCUUCUUAGUAUACAAGUACCUUGAAAGGGGUAGCUUGGCUUCAGUUCUCAGUAAGAAUGAAGAAUCUAAGAAAUUGGACUGGAACAAGAGGGUGAACAUUGUCAAAGGUGUUGUUAAUGCCCUCUCCUAUUUGCACCAUGACUGUUCACCGCCCAUUGUUCAUCGAGAUAUAACAAGCAACAACAUUUUGCUUGAUUUGGAGUAUGAAGCUCACCUUUCAGACUUUGGCACUGCUAAGCUUCUCAAUCCAGACUCAUCCAAUUGGAGUAAUAUUGCUGGAACAUACGGAUACAUAGCACCAGAGCUUUCCUACACCAUGCAAGUUACUGAAAAUGUGAUGUGUUUAGCUUUGGAGUGCUGGCAUUGGAAUUGAUAGUUGGGGCAUAUCCGGGUGAAUUUCUCUCUAAUCUAUCAAUUUUAACAGCAGAAAGCAUUCCACUAAACAAUGUGUUAGAUCAAAGUCUUUCGCCUCCACCACCAGAAGUUGUGAACAAACUCAUAUUCAUCCUGAAGCUGGCUGUUUCAUGUUUAAAUAUCAAUCCAAAAUCUAGGCCAACCAUGCACACUGUUUCUCAGCUGGUGUUCGACCACAUCUAGUCCCAUCUAGGACUCUUUGAUCUUCAUCUAAGAUACCACCUUAGAAACGUUUGGUAUUUGCUCUAAUGUUGUUUCUUUAGCUGUUGUGUAGUUAUAAUGGGUUAAUGGAUUAGCAUUUUUGUACCCUCAAUUACCUUUUUCCUUGAGAAUUGCUACUAGCUUGUUGGUAGCGCAACAAGAGUUGUUUCCGAUAUUUGUCUGUGACAGUUUAUCAUAAAUUGUAUUCUAGUAUCAUCUUUUCAAA